UUUCAGUGAUCUGAGCUGGCUGAUAAUGCCCUCAAAUGUUUUCAACAGGGGAGGGAAGAUGUAUUUCUGCAUGGAUUGCCCAUUGUUUUUUCUGUGACUGGAAACUGCAAUGGAGGCUUUGAAGGCUUACAGAUCAUGGAGUUUUCUCUCUUUAUUCAUAGUGAUUCUUUUCUGGGUCUCUUCUGUGCAUGUUGAGUAUGCUGGUGCAAGAAACAUCAGUGUGGGGGGAAGUGAAGGAUGGCGUUAUGGUUACAACUACAGUGACUGGAUCUCAAAGGCAGGCAAAAUUUAUGUCAAUGAUGUGCUGGUGUUCAAGUACUCUAUUCCAACAUCAAGCUCGUUGCCACACAAUGUGUUGCUGCUGAAGGACAAGUCAAGUUACAAGAAAUGUAAUGUUAGUGGUGGAAUAAAAUUGGCAGAUCCCACUCAAGGAAUUGGAGAGGGAUUCGCUUUUAAAUUAAAAAAGGUUACGAAUUAUUACUUUGCUUGUGGUGUAGGCAAUGGAAAGCACUGUGAUGUUGGGCUAAUGAAGUUUGGCAUUAAGCCAGUGGUUAAGAAAGGUUGUUGACCAUUGAGUUAUCUGGGGAAAUUUGUCAUAAGGUCAGGUAAGAUGCAGUGCAAUAUGUUCGCUUAAAUAAAUGAAUGGGAGUUUUUUCUAUUGUUGAAAGAAACACUUUUCAUAUAUUAUUAGUAUAUUUUCAUAUUGAUUUGGGAAUGACAUAACUUUGACAUUUCUUUAAUGAUGCAAUGAA